GGGUGCUUUAUCGAGGGCUGAACCGCACCCACCCCACCACACCAGGAAGAGCAUUCGUCCAUGAGGGCACACCACCCAUGCCAUGGACAUGACACACUCCUGUCCUACAUGCUCCUGUCUGUCUGUGUCGUCACACAAGACAUGUGCUGCCUGUAUCUGUGAGCUCAGAUGUGACCUUCGCCCUAGCUACUUACUGCACAGACACGUACUCACAUGGACCAACCAUACUGUCCAAAUGUCAUCGAUUCUCACAGACGGGAUGGACGGAAGCAAUUAGUUAACUACGUGGCACCGCACCCCAGCUAAGCUACCCCACCCCUGUCGGUCUGUCGCACUGCGCCGAGUGAGUCCGCCACGUUGCGGAGGCACCGAAGAGACAGACACCUGCACACACAUAGGCACCGCACACAGCCGGCCGAGAUAUCUAUCUACCGCAAGUGACGGUCGUGUGGGUGUGGUUUAGUGGGUUCCACUACUUAAGUACUUACUUACCUGAGUGUGAAGGGGAGACAGCAAUACACACAGCUCAUCAGGAUGAUCUCCAAACGACACAGAUCCGCUGCACUCGUGCAGUGCACGCCACACACACACACAACGUUGACCUUCCACUUCAUGUGAAUGCAGUGCGUCCUCCCUUGCCGUUUGACCGACUGAGUGACAGGCUUACAUGGAUAGGCGCUGGAGGUCCUGCCUUGCGCCUGACACAGACAGACAGAGACACACAGACAGACCCCAACGACUGACUGACCCCGAUCUCCCGUCUGUCUCCCUCUCCCCUCUGCGUCUGUCUGUCUGCAUGGUCCCUCCCUCCCUCCUCCCUGCCAUCCCAUCAUUAUUAUCAUUUACCAGAACGGACGUCAGCCUCCUGAACACCGCCCGUCGCACAGCGGCACCACUGGCCUCCCAUGAAGAGUCACUCUGACCAUCAUGGCCCAGAGCAUUGCCAUCGUUGUCGUGGACCAGCGGGGCCGGUGAGUGUGAGUGGUGGUACAGUGACAGCGAGUACGCCCAGUGCAGCGCAUUGGAGGCCGACAGGAGGCGGAAAUUGUCACCGCUCGACUGCACAGACAGCACAUGGACACAGACAUCGCAUCGCAUCGCAUACACUGUGUGUGUCAUUCAUUCCAUUCAUUGUGUACUCGCUGCGCUCACCAGUGUGUCGGCGACUCGCUGCAGCAGGGGUCCCAGUUUCAACCGCCCCUCACCACUACCACCGUCACCACUACCGCCGCCCUGCCAGGUGGCACCUCCCAUGCCUCUGAGUUCCAGCACGGCCACGUACCACCGCACACUGGCGUCCAGCGCAGACGGGGAGAGGGUGGCCUGCGACCGAGCAUCGUCGGUGAGGCGGUCCACCAGCAUUGACAGGAAGCCUUCGCUCAUCAGACCCACACGCUGAUAUACCGAUCACUCAACGGCGGAGAAAGAGAGUGGUGUGUGUGUUGUGUUGUGUUGUGUUGUCUCGUCUCGUCUCGUCUGGUAGUGUCAGUCACCUUUGUGAAUGACGAGAGGAGGAAGGCCACAUCGACCGGCUGCAGCUCAGUCACCCGCUGGGCAAACAGCUGCUGGCACGCCUGACGAGAAGGGGACCCUUGGUUCAGUCAGUGUGCUUCCUGCCCCACCCCCCACCCUCCCACUCCCACCCUCCCACUUACCAUGCAGACGUCAUCGCUUCUCGGCGACCGCACCGAAGUGAAAGCCUCAGCCACCAGACACAGCUCCUUUACCUACACACACACACACAUCGACGAACACGCAUGUGUGACCGACCGCCCCACUCACCGAGUAAUCCGCCAGCGGCAACACAGCUUGUGUCGCCCCCCGUCGUCUCACGGUCCAGCCAUCCCCAGCACCACCAGCAGCAGUAGUAGUUACGGCAACAGGUGUGGUGAGGUGGGCGGCCAACCAGUCCAUGAGCGGCAGUGACGGCAGUUCGUGCACUUGGCCUUCCUCGAUGUCCUGCCACUUCCUCAGCUCGUGUCGGGACUUGCGGGCGUGUGCCUGCUCGGCCUUCUGGUGCAGCUUGGCCAGGCCGUUGGUGAACGACGACACCUCCUGCGGCAUCCACUGGGCCACAGGGGGGACCUGGGGAUGCUCCAUGACCAGACGACACAGUGCCUGGAGCCAAAUCAAUACACACACACACACACACACACACAGAGAAAAAGAGAGAAGUGUGUGUGUGUGUGUGUGUACCGGCCUUAUGUGUGUUGUGUCAACCUACUUUGGUGAUGGCAGGGAGCUGUUCCUCGAGCAGUGAGUGGUCCCGGUGUUUGGCGAGUGUGGAGCACCAGAUGGAGAGGUGGUGCGGCCGCACCACCAGCCCGCCCUCCAGCAGCGCCAAGAUCCGCGGCACCAGCCGCACCACCACCUCCCUCAUGUCAAAACCACAACCACCUCCCUGGGCUGUGCUCUCCCUUGCAUCUGCUCCAGACCGGUCCUCAUCGGCCAAUUCCCUUGUGUCACUUGGAGGCUUGUCACGCGUCGUGGUAAUCGGCAGGUCAUCGAGCAGGAGGCCCCGCGGGCUUGGCAGCCCACCUGAGGCGCAUCCCGUCCCUCUCUCCCUCGCCACGCCUCCCCUCCGUCUCGCCGACGGCCUCAUGUGCACGAUCGAGUCUUCUGAGGUCUUUAGAUCCGUCGCUGUCUCUGUUUGCUGGGAAAGGACCUCAUCUCCUCCGUCAUGACGUGAUGCCAUCGUGGUGGUGGUGUCACCAACAGGGGACUGUUGGGGCUGCUCGUCAAGAGGGUGUACUGGCGGUGGGGACGGGACCUGCCGGCCGCGUAGGAGUGGCUCCAGCUGGCCCAGAUGCAAGAACAGCAUAGCCAUGUGUGACGCCUCCAGCUGAGAGGGGUUGGCCAGCAGCCGGCCCUUGCACUCGUGGACCAGCUGCACCACUGUGUCGUGCUGAACCAGCCACUCAGCUGAUAACCCAUCGAUAUCGAGCUGAGCAAGCCGCGCGAGAGACGCCAGGAGGCUGCAGUGGCUGCUGGAGGUCAUGCCCUCCAUGCGGGAUGACAGGGCGGGGAGGAGGUGGUCCGUGAUGAGCGCCUGGGACCGUCUGAGAGCCAGCCGCUUCCUCUCCAGUGGGCUGGCGUCCGUCCACUUAUCAUCAUCAUUCUCUCGCGUCUUUUUCCCCUCUGUCUUGCCCUCCAGCCGGCGUGUGUCGCUCAGAACCGCAGGCAGCCCCAGCUUGCUGAAAGCAUCCAGGUACUGCACCACAUCCUGGCAGUUCCAAUCCCGCCCCCUCAGCAUCGCCGGCACGCUCUCGAUCGUCCUGCGGAAGAACUGCCGAUGCGCAUACUGCAGCUGGACCAUGGCGCGGCACACGGCAGCGAUGUCCAUCGGCCGGUAGGCGUCCAUGUGGCUCGUGGCGUGUGUCAGCAGCGCGGGCAGCAGCAGGUUGGACCGAUAGUCGAGGCGCACACACAGCUGCAGAAGCCUCACGAGGGCCUUGGGCGAGAGCCUGCUGAGGUGCCGGGGGUUGGCGAGGUGGGGCGCCCAUCCCUCGAGCGCCCGCGAGAUCUCCCCGCACAUAUCCAUGCCGUCGACCCCUCCGAACUCGGCCAGAUGGAGCAUAGUGGCGCUGAGAGAUGAAACGUCCUCGCGAAACAUGUCGCUGGCCGGCGAGCAGGGGUCGAUGGCGGCCAUCACGCCCCGCUGCGUGCCUUCGUGUCGACACCUGAGCGCCCUCAGGCUCUCAACCAGGCUGCACAGCUGCUUGCUGCUGAACUGCUGCAGCCGCGAUGGUACGUCCACCUUGUCUAAACACGCCUUGACGACCUGCAUACCCAGCUGGUUGGACCGCGCCACCGACCGCAGGAAGGAACAGAUCUGGCUGGGCGUUUCGGUGCCGCUGAGCAGUGAGGUGAUGCCGACGAGCUGGCUCGACACCUGGGGAGGGCCCUUCUGCCGAUGUUUCCACAGCACAGCCGGGAGCCGCUUGGGUGUGGGAGGCAGAGUGGGCUCCGGCAGGGCGGACAGAUGCCGCAGUGGCAUCGACCGGGGAGCAGCUUGUUUCGCAAGGGACGUCAUGAUCAACUCAUGCGUCGUCUUU